GAUUUCAAGCAGGGCGUCGAGGUCAGUUUUGCCUGCGGCGUCUGCUGCGCGGGGCUCAGCGACGCCGACCUCGACGCCGCGCGCGCGACGGCGUUCAGGUCAGUCGAAAUCAGGCCCUCCGGCAAGAGCCGCACCGCCGUCCUCGCCACCAUCGGCGGGGACCGCGACCCUGUGUUCAAGGCGGCAUGCGACUCAGCGCGCGCGCUGCACAGGGCAGUCUGGGAGCAGUGGCUCCCCAGGCAGGCGCUGGACAAGGCCUUCGCGGCGGCCCUGGCCGCGCCGGGCAGCUGGGCCGACUGCCGCGGCCCCGUGGAGGCAGCUCUCUUCCCCAUGCGCCGCGCGGGCUGGGGGGCGGCCUCGCUCGACGCGCGGGCCACGCACGACGGCAUUCACUGCGGCGUCAGCGACUUCAGCCCGUGGUCCACCAAGAGGCUGCUGGGCCGCAGCUGCGACCGCUGGCAGGCCGCGCAGCUCAGCAAGCACGACGCCUCCUGGCUCGACGUCGGCAUCAACUUCGGCCAGCCUCGGCGGUGGACGGCCAGCGGCCGCGGUGCCCAGGAAGCACGGAGGUGGCCCAGCCUCAGCAGCGAGCAACGCGGCUACCUCAGGUCCUGCAUCGUCGACGGCCAGUGGACCCACGCCAGGAAGUACGGCAACAACCCGAGGCACCUCUGCUGCAGCGCCAUCCAGGACCGCGGCCUCUGCCUCCCGCUUGAGAUCGCCCAGCUGCUGCCGCAGGAGGACAUCGCGGUUGCCAAGUGCCCUGUCGAGGGCGUCCUCUUUCCAGCCCAGCAGUUCCAGUGGAGGCCUCCCAGCGGCGGCUUCCUCGACCGCCUCCGCUGGUGCUGCGGCGAGCCAGGCGAGCCAUUCGUCGGCCAGCCCCUGCGCUGCGACGGCCCACUGUGCGACGCGCAGUUGGCAGAGGGCCGAGGUGCGCAGGCCGCGGCAGCAGUCGUCGAGCUUCCUCGAGGCCCCGAGGAAGUCGACCCAGGCGUGGGCAGCCACACCAAGGCGCUAGGCGCGCCUCUAGUUGGACCAUGGCAGAGCAUCGAGGGCGCGGAGCCGCUGGCGGUGCUCAUCGCCCUGCACCCCGCCGCCCCGCCCAUCGAGCUGCACUGCGACGCCGGCUUCGUCGUCGAUGGCAUCAACCUACGGGGCGAGGCGCGGCAGGCGCUCCACGACUUCGGCGGCGUCGGCCCGGCGGGGCUCACGAUCGCGAAGAUCAAGGGCCGCGCCGCCGCCGCCCACGUCGCCCGCGGCAUCAUCGCGCGGAAGCAGCGCCGCGGCAACUACGCGGCCGACCACGUCGCCGGCGGGAUCGCCCACCUCCUGCGCGCCCCCGCGGCUGAGAGACAGAGGCAGCUGCGUGCCCAGCUCUUCGUCGACGGCGCCGCGCACUGGGCGGCCACGGCCGGCGCCCCCGCGGCCGCCGAGAGCCUCGACAGCACCCGCGGCUACGUGGCCCGCGACGAGGCUAACAAGGACCGCCCCCCCCUCGCCGAGCGCGCGUUCGGCGCGCUCGGCCCGGGCCCCUGGCGCUGCACGGCGUGCCCGCGCACGGCGCGAACCACGAGUUUGAAGCAGGUGUUGUAUCGGUCCUUGUGCGUUCCCAAGAUCGCCUCGGCGGUCGGGGAGACGGCGCCGCCCGGCGCGGCAGCAGGCGCGGCCCUCGCGGCGGCGGCGGCGGCAGCCGCUGCAGCCGCCGACGGGGCCGACAGCCAGCCAGGAGUGCUCGGGUCAGAUCGGGGCCAGGACCCCGCGCCGAGUGCGGUGGGGCAGGGGCCCGCGACCACAGGCGCUGCCGGCUCGGCCCGCGGCCAGGGCCCAGCGCCGAGCUCGGGGGGCCCGCCGCCUGCCCCAGCGGGGGCCGCCGCGACCCAGGAUGCCGCCGCGGCCAGCGGCCUGGUCGGAGCCACGCCCCCCAGCGAGCGGUCCUCGGAGGCAGCUGCGAUGCCCCGAUCCCCACCGCCCGCCACGGCGCAGCCGUCGGCGGGCCCAGCGGUGCUUGUUGGGGGCGAGACCGACGCCGAGGACGGCCCACCGCGGGCGCGCGAUGCCCUCGGCCACAUCGCGCAGCGUGCCUUCGGCUACGUGCUGUGCGCGAAGUGUCACGCCUACGCCAGGGAGCGCCUCGGCAGUAUCAAGGCUGCAGCGGCCCUGUGCGCCCCGCACGUGGGCGAGGCGGGGCGCAUCCGACGUCUUCGGGCUGACCGCAUUCAUACAGGUCAGCAUCCCGCCAGCUCGGCGCGCCCCGCAGACGGCGCGGCGGCCGGCGAGGCACCAGGCCUCCCGAGCGCUGCCGCCCCUGCCACGCGGACGUGCUAG